AUACAUUACGCGAAUUCAUGCAAUAGUAAAAUGAAGGAAAAAAUUAAUAGCCCGUGAUAACAUGAAAAUAUGAAAUAGAAAGUUGUAGCAGUACAGUCUGUCUUUACGGAAAUUGAAGUGGGGGAUAGACGCAGGCACGCAGCUAUUCUAUAGCUGUAAACAACAUUGCAGUACGUACGUCGUACGCUAUACACACGCGCAGAUGCAGGUAUACAUGCGCAUAUAUACACCACAUCAUAUGACAGAGAAAACAAAAGGUUGAAACCCAAAAGUCAUAGGUCAGCUGAGCGUCAGUUAGCAGUGAAUCAAAAAUCCAGUCGUCCAGUUCUUUGGCAACACAUCAUCGCGAGAACGAUAUUGGUGAGUCAGUGCCAUUGUAUAAAAGGUAGACGCUAUACGGAAGAAAGCCUAGUCGACUCUAUACCAGUUUGUCGCGUGCGUGCGCUCCAAGUUGCUAGUACAAGUCGCCUAUAUAGUGCAUUUCGUUACUGCGCUGCAUCGCAAAAAGUGAAACUCCAGAUUGUUCCAGAGGCCGCAGUACAGUAUUUGCAAUGUCUGAGCAAGUUGAUUUUAAGGUAUUCUUGAGGAAAAAUAAUUCUAGAAACGAUAAUCAUGCUGAAAUUCGAAGAUUCGCUAUAGACGCCGAUGUAGUUACGAAUUUUACGUAUUUGCGCGAAAAACUACAAACUGUUUUUCCGGAUCUUCGCGGAAAACGUUUCACUAUCACUUGGAAAGAUUUUGAAAAUGAUGAAAUUGUUAUCUGCAGUUGCGAAGAACUAGUAAUAGCUUUAGCUGAACUGCAAAAGUAUCCACUUUGCAAGUUAUUUGUGACCCUACAUUCUGAUUAUGAUGACGAGAACAAUUGUCCGAUCACGGGCCCUUUUGUUCAUUUUGAAGCAACUAACAAUCCAAAAACAAAGCAUGCGGGCAUAGUUUGCGAUGGCUGCGACAAAAGUAUCUGUGGCUUUCGAUACAAAUGUGUCCAAUGCUCAGACUAUGACUUGUGCAGCGAAUGCGAGGCAAAAGGUUUACAUCCAGAGCACUGCAUGAUUCGUAUAUCUAUGCCUCUACAAUGGAGAUCACAUUAUGGACGACGAUUAUCUCAUCAUAUAAACAAAUUCAUGAAGAAAGCUUCAACUUGUCCUUCAUCAGCUGAAGAAGAGACAAAGAACUGUCCUUUCAAACCAAGAAGACAUAAUUUAUAUAAUCACCGUGCUGAUCAAUCUCCAUCAUGGAUUGAUACUUUUACAACAUACUUAAAUGACUGGGCAAAUUUACCAGGUGAGUGCCCUGUUAUGGGAGAGCAAGAGAAAUCAAAAACUGAUACUUCAGAACAGAAUCAAAGCACGGCAAACAAAACUUCAUCUGCUUCAACAAAUGAAAAAUACCCUAUGGAUAGCCAUGUUGAAUUUUUGAAGAAUUUCAGUGAAAAUAUUUCUAAAUUUUUGGAUCCACUCGGAAUUGAAAACAUGAAAAAAGUAGUAACAGACGAUGACAAGAAUCACAAGGAAUCAACUGAUGAACUAAUUCAAUCAGCAGCUAAUGAUUCACAAGAAAAAAACAAACUUAUUACAAAAACUGAUGCAAAAGAAGGAAAUCAAGUAACUGUAAAUGAUGCUACAAAAGCUGAUGAUUGGACUCUGGUUGAUAAGGAUUCUGUCCCUGCUUCUUCCGAGAUUGCUUCUGGCAAAAUUGCUCAGAAUGAAAAAAAACCAAGUGAACCCACUGUAGAAAACAGUAAGGCAACAACUGAUGAUAAAGCACUUUAUCCAUCUUUGCCAAAUGUCAGUGAUAACGUUUGGCAUCCAAAUCCAAAAAUACAAGGUGCUGUUGAAGCUAUGUUGCAGAUGGGAUUUUCAAAUGAAGGUGGUUGGCUCACUCAACUUUUGAUUUCAAAGAAUGGAAAUAUUAGCAGAGCCUUAGAUGACUUACAACCUGUACGUGAAUAAAUGAAAUUAAAAUUAUACCUUGAAAGAUUGUAUUUAUUUGAUAUUUUUAUGUAAUAAUGUAAACAAUACUUGACCAAUAAAUAGAUUUGAAAAAUAUA